GUGACUGGACUUGCGAUUGCGCAUGGACUACAGAAAGCAAACAUACCUUAUGCAAUCUUCGAUCACGAGCCGAACGCCUCUUCUCGCCCUCGAGAGUGGUCGAUGGGAUUGCAUUGGUCCAUACCCCUUCUUCAAUCGCUACUGCCUGAUAAUCUAUCCUCGAGGAUCCACGAAGCAUAUGUUGAUCCUUCACUAGAUUGGUCACAGCCUCCUCUCAAUUGUAUGCGCAUGUACAAUGCCUUGACUGGAGAGGUUAUGAAGGAGCUCCCUGUCAAGGGCAAAAUCGUUCGAGUGUCUAAAAGGAGAUUGAGGGCACUCGUGGCUGAGGGUAUAGACGUGAAGGUGAUGCUUACGCCCGACUCUAUCGUGAGUGCUUCAGGGCAACAUGCUAACGGGUCACAGUACGAUCACUCUCUGAGUGACCUGCGUUACAACAAUGACAACACUGUAACUGCUGUUUUUGCCAAUGGAGCCGAGGAAACAGGGUCACUGGUCGUCGGUGCAGACGGAUCGCGCUCUGCUGUACGCAAACUCCUUUUCAGCGAAGCAGACGCUGCUGUCAAGCCGCUAGAAAACGUCAUACAUACGAACGUGACCUUUCAACCUGGAGACAAAGAGAAGGCUUUGUUUCUGAGGUCUGCACAUCCUGGUGAUUCCUCACAGGAUCCUUCCACCUGGUCCUUCCAGAUGGUCUCUGGCUGGCUAGGCUCGCGUUCCUCUUUCUCUAACCCUCGCUCUCGCCUCACGGAACUCAAACGUAGAGGCAGUCUCCUCUGUGAACCAUUCAAAUCUGCCUUUGACUGUUUAGACAACGAUCUAGACGUUAGAUUCGAGGAAUUGGGCUGUUGGGAGACUAAAGAAUGGGACUGUAGAGAUGGAAAAGUCGUCCUAGCUGGCGAUGCUGCACACGCCAUGCCACCUCGCCUCAAUCACGCGAUCCAAGAUGCUUACAAUCUCGUCAACAUCUUGAUCGACCACCAUAACUCUUCCUCUGCCACUUCAGACCUGGCAUCACGACUGCAGUCUUAUGCUCAAGAAGUCAGUAUACGUGGGUCUGAAGAGGUCAGGCUGUCAAAGCAGAAUGCGUACAUGGUUUUGGAUUGGAAAGUGCUUGAGCAGAGUCCAGUCUUUAAGCAUGCGUUAGAUAGGAGUCCUGUUGAUGAUACGGAACAUGCAGAGACUGAAGACUCUGAGACAGCAAAGAGAGUUGAGAAGGAGAUCACUGCCAUGGCUGGCGCG